AUGCAUAUUUCGCUCUUUCCAGACGACGUUGUCGCCAAGACAGCAGACAUCAAACAAAUUGCUGUCGUUGAGCGGACCCAUGGAGAUAUUGACACACAUUCACCGUUCCCUACCCGGACAGAACGGGAGCCUAUCAGGCGCGACACGAGCAUCUCGCACGCAAGUUUUCGCAAGUUUUUGAAGGAUGGUAUCCCACCGAAAGAUACAGUGCUGGUGCGGUGGCGGGACGAGGAAUCCUUGGAGCUCUUGCCAUCAUCGAAACUGCACCUGGUGGAUCGCUCCAUUCUCAUCGGAGAUAUUGUCAAGAAGGACGCCAAAGAUGCCAUGAGCGGUUGCGUUCUGAAUACAUUCACCAAGUGCACGCUGCAACCAAUGUGCGAUGUCACGGACAAGAACAGUGGUCGAAAGCUGAAAGGUAUCCUACCUCCUGGGAAGUGGGAUCCGGUCGAAGCGUCGUACUGCAUAUAUCCAAAUGACAAGCCCAAUGCACUUGUUGAUAUUCCCGCGGAAGAAUUAACUUGUGCCGAUGACAUGAUGGAAGAAGAUUUGGUGAUCUUCAAAGACUGGAUCGGGAGGGUUGAAGCGUUCCAUACCUGCAUCUGUGUCAAACUGUCCGAUAAUGCUGUUGUCGAAAUCAACGAAGAGUAUGGCGAGCAUGCAGAUGCUCUGCUUGGCUCUUUCUCCGUGGGCGACAUUGUGAAGGCACGAAAAGCCACUUUGCGCACCGGUCGAUGGAUCUUUGGUCAAUACAAUGCCAACACGCCUCCCGUCGGAACCGUUGUCGACGUUCGCAUAGUGGCAGCCGAAGUCAGUUGGAUUGAAAAGCGAAUAGGCAGCGAUCUUGAUGAGCCGCCAUCCACACUAGAGAGAUCGGAACUUGAGUCGGACGACUUCCAAGUGUACGAUCGAACACGGAGACCGCAAACAGCUUCACAAGGGAUUACCAUCUCGAAUUCAGAGAUCGACGCAAGAAUGGACCUGCGAGUGCGUUUCAGAGAUCUGACUGGCGCUUACUUGAAGUACAGCGGGACCAGCAAUGCUAUUCCCAAACUCGACCGGAAAAAUCAUCUGGGCUACGACUUGAAUGUGUUCAGCAUUUUGUCAUUUCGAACCGACAUCACAGUCCAGUGGCAAGACUUGAGUAUUACGACUGUCUCAAGCGUGGACGUCAUACCCGACAGUAGCAUUGACGAUGAACACGCCGUCUGGCCAAGCGAAAUAGCGCACACUUUGGAGAUGAAGCCUCUCAAUGAACAUACGCUGCAGCCGCAGAAUAUCGGCGUGAUUCAAAAGGUCAAUGCAGCAGAGAGAAUGGCAGAGGUGAAGUGGUCCUCUAAGUCAUUUAUACACUACAUCAAGGACUUCGAGCAGGAGGGGCCAAAAAGACAUGUAGUCGCUCGUUACAUUGACACAACAUCCGACUCACAGGAGGAGAUCAGCCUCUACGACAUCGAGGCACCCGCCUCUUUGAACGUGCGGAGAGGGGACAUUGUCAUGACCAAGGAUUUGCCCGCCAAUUCUUUGACGCAGGGGCCGAGUGGACGGACAUGGCUAGGUGAAAUUGUUGACACACCACUUGAUGGCAGUCUAGUCGUUCGUUUUGGGGCCGCUACACAAGUUGUUGACAUGGUACUACCUCGGCACGAUGCUACUGUAGUUGUCAGAUCGGACAAUAGCGGGAAUGGAGAUGGAUGGGACGACGAAGGUGUGGAUGAUGCAUUCGAUCAUGACUUCAACACGGAAUACAUCGGCGAGGGAAGCGAAGAUGACGACGAUUGGGACAGUGAAGACAUGGACGAUGAAAAUGCAGAGAUUCGCUACGAAGAUGAGGAUGGGAAUCCAAUGGAUGAAGAUGAGGUUGAGAACGAGGACUGGGAAUCUGCGGACGAAGGCGAAACCGGCGACAAGGAUCCGGACGACGAUUUAGAAAUGGUCGACGCUCCUGAACAUCAAACUCGACCGACGACAUCAUUAGCAACACCCAACAAUGCUCGCGAGGCUAACAGCACUGCCAGCGAUGUGUCCGACUCGGCAGAAGCCACAGAUCCUCCUUCUGCCUACCUUAUACUUGAAGGAGAUGCUCCAUCUGACCACCGCUACUGUCACGAGCCGUCGACGAACACGCCGGCUCACGUGAAGCGAACACAGAAAGAACACAAGAUAUUGAGUGAUCCCAAAACCCUACCAGAAGGUGUAUACAUCAGAAGCUGGGAAUCGAGGCUAGACCUACUCCGCGUGCUCAUAGUAGGCCCCACGGAGACUCCUUAUGCGCACGCACCAUUCGUCGUCGACUUCUACCUUCCACCGACAUUCCCAACUGAACCGCCGAUGGUCCAUUUCCAUUCGUGGCCCUCACACUCUGCUAUUGGCGCUAUCGGAAGAGUCAAUCCCAAUCUUUACGAAGAUGGAAAGAUUUGUCUGAGUGUGCUGGGAACGUGGGAAGGCAAUAAGGGUGAAAGCUGGAACGCCGCUCAAAGCACGCUGCUGCAAGUUGUCGUCUCCCUCUUAGGCUUGGUCCUUGUACGCGAGCCGUACUACAACGAAGCGGGAUACGAGGCGCUCGUUGGUACAGAGCAGAGCACGAGGGCGAGCGCUUUAUACAGCGAGCGGAUAUUCCUACGCGCCAAAGGUUUCCUGCUCACAGCGCUUGCAGACCCGGCUAUAUCUGGGUUGCAAGGCUUACACGACGUAGUGCGGUGGCUCUAUAAGAGUCCGCAUGGACCUCGCCUACUCGACGCUGUCAUCAAGGAAGUAGAGGAAGUUUUGAAGAUGAGCGAUGGAAGUCGAGAGCCAGAUGGCGUGAAUGUGCUGUCAAAGGGGGCUUGCAUCCCUGCUAAGCGUUUGCUUGCUCGGUUGCAAGACUUGUCUGCGUAG